AUGCCAGAGAGACGCCCUGUCUGUGGACCUUGUUCGACGCGAUCGCGCGGCUGUGUCUAUCCUGAAUGCCCCGAGGCGCCGUCUUCGCACACCAGUGUUGACGAUUCAGUGCCCGGAGACCAGACAUGGCUUGACGAUCAAGACUCACUCCGUCCGGCCCUCGAGUUACCUAGCCCUCAUACCGUGGUCCCCGACAUCCAAGCCUCACUUUGCUCAAACGACCUACCGCUCCUCAACGCAGCAUCUCAACCAGUACCUGUUUCAACAUGGUCUCCAGACUCAGCAUUCUGGACCGCUGACUUUGCUUCGACACGAUGGCUGGACCUUCUCGCAAACGAUGCUGCACAGGCCGAUAGUGGUUUCUCUCUUGCGCCGACUCCUGCGCUAAGAACAGGCGAGGAGAGACCUCCUGAUAUUGGAAGCUUGCAGGCGCGGUUGUCUCAAGUUGCCGAGGCGGAGCGCACAACAUGGCAGGAUGGCGCGAGACCGACAGUCCUGAACAGUCGUGAGGCUGGCCUGUUGCGUCACUUUGCAGAAAGUUGUGCUUUGUGGUUGGACCUGUUUAAUCCCCAGAGACUGUUUUCUACAUAUGUUAUAAGACUAGCUCUCAAAGAUGCAGGGCUCAUGAAUGCGAUUUUAGCCCUUGCUGCACGACACCACUCGAGACGACCCCAUCCGAACGAUCCAAAUACUCCCGACGUAACAGAUAACGAGUCUAUCAGACACUACUACGAAACGUUGCACUAUGUACAAGAAGCACUCCCUUACACAAGUUACACCAACUCGGAAGAGCUUCUUGCCACUGCCAUCAUCAUCUCAGCUUAUGAAAUGCUCGAUGAAUCAGACGGACGAGGAAACUGGCAGAGGCACUUGAAAGGUGUUUUCUGGAUCCAAAGAUCACAAAAUGUGAAUGGUAGCUCUGGGGGUCUGCGCCAAGCUGUCUGGUGGGCUUGGCUUCGACAGGAUGUCUGGGCUGCGUUUAGAGAGAAGAGGUCUUGCUUCAGUUUCUGGGUUCCUGUGCAGGAACUUGGUGAGCUUGAUCAACACGGUAUGGCAGAUAGAGCUAUUUAUCUCCUAUCGCAAGCGGUCAAUUAUUAUGCAAACUCUCACGCUGCUUCAUCCGAGGCGACGCAACAUCCUAACCAGACGGACUUGGGUCAUGCUAGAGUUGACCUUUUGCAGAAGAUAGAAGAGCUAAAGUCUCGUCUUGGAGAGCAUUACCAACCUCUCCCCGUACCUUCUGAAACAUCGGAUCUAUUUCAGAACAUCUGGAUUCAUCCACCCGAGAUUGGAGCUGCACUGCAAGCACUCGCGUUUGCUCUAAUAUUGAUAACUCUACACAGUCCGAUCCCAGCUGGAUUUAAUGGCUAUCUCCGGAUGCAAAAGACGCUCACCCAAGCUGUCAAUACUAUAUGUGGGAUAGCUAUGGAGCUAAAGGACGAAGGAUGUCAGAUUUUAUCGGCGCAGUGUCUUUACGGCGCGGGGCUUUGCUUGCAAGAUACCGCAAAGCGUGAAAAGGUUAUACAAUUGAUGGAAGCUUGUGAGUCGAGAGUUAGCUGGGCGCCCAUGAAGAUGUGGAGAGAUGAUUUGAGAAUGGAGUGGGCCAAGGCAGAUCAAGAGGAUAGCCAACCAGUUUGA